CGUCGGGUCAUUCUGCAUAGACCUACACGCCUCAAACGGGCCAGUUGUACCUCUCCUCUGUUUUCUGGUUAGCAAAAAAUGCUCGCUGUGUAACUAGCCUGGUGUUUUUCAUUCAGUCAGCAUGCAAUCUUUUCUAGUGAGGGAGUUUUGAGGCAAGGAGACUUAACCACAAGUUAGCUUUAUGAGGAGGGAAGCCUGGGAAAAGACUGUCAGACGAAACGCUCCUGUGCACAGUUCAGGAGGAAAUGUCAGUGUCCAAUUGAUUUAAUAAAGACUUUCAACCUGAUAUUGCUGUUUCUGGGCAUACCUAAGGAAGCGGCUCAAGCGCUGGAAGUAAUACCUUUUGUGACUGAAGCUAAGAGAGACCAUCUUGACAGUCCGGAAUGUGAGGGGGUAUCCCGAACCACACGUCAAGUGGCACAGAGAUGGGAAGCCUCUGACGCCGGGAGACCAUCACGCCAUGGAGCAGAGUCCUCGGGGGGGGUUCAGCCUGGUGGUCCGGACCGUCCGGGAGGAGGACGCCGGCCGCUACACCUGCCACGCUGUCAACGAUGCCGGAAGCUGUCAGGUCACUGUGGAUCUCACUGUGGAAGGAACUGCAGAGAGAAGAUUUUACCUCCCAUCCUCCACCAGGACAGCAGGGGGGCGAACUCCUGUUGUGGAGAACCGGCCCAGUAUUUGGGGCGAAAGCCCACCAAAGUUCGUAACAAAGCCCUCACGCCUCUAUCUCAGGGAGGGCCAGAGCGGCAAGUUGUCUGCCAAGAUCACAGGCCGUCCCCAGCCUCAGGUCCUGUGGCUCAGGGGGGAGACGGAGCUACCGUCCGGUGGGAGGUUCAGCACGUUCGAGAGGCUGGGGGUCCAUUACCUGGAAAUCACCGAUGCACGAGCGGAGGAUGCAGGGACGUACACGUGCUUCGUGGUCAACAGUGCCGGCAAGGCUACAGCAACAGCAGAGCUGAUGGUUCAAGGUUCCUGUACUGAAGGAGACACCAGCAGUCUGGCUGCUUCUGUCUCUGCGGUGCCAAAAACAACCGAGCCGCUUCCAGUCAAGCACACAAGCCGCCCGGUACGCGAUGACCCGCCAACUGGGAUGGCGGAGAGGAAGGAGACUGCCGAGGGGCUGAGGACCGGCGUACAACCCCAGAAAUUCCUAUCCGAGGCCAUGGUGGAGCAUCCCAGCAAGGCCAGGGAACUGGGUUCGAGUCAGUCGCCUAGGCCUGGCUCUGAUUCUCGUACCGGAGGCAAGUUCGGACGGGCAGGGAGCAGCGCUGAGCGCGUGGUCCCGGAAACCGCAUCCCCCGAGCCUGUCAGGGAGGUCCGGAGGUUCGGAAGGGACAGCGGGUUUGAGGAGACCAGAAGCCCACCCCUGUUUGACCUUCAGCCACAGAGUCAGGAAGUGUUGGAGGGAUCAAAGGUCACAUUCAGAUGCCAAGUCUCAGGUGUUCCAGCUCCGACCCUGAGCUGGAUCAAAGACGGACUGGUUCUGAGAGGAGGCGCAGGCCUCCGAAUCCAGCAGGAGGGGAACCUGCACCUCCUCUGUCUGGACAGAGUUCGCAAGGAGGACAGCGGGAGCUUUGGCUGCGCAGCGACGAACAGCAAGGGACAGGCUUCUGCGACCUGGACACUCCUUGUCAAGAGCACCAGAGCGGACGGCCGGGCUCCGGUCUUCAGCAGUGUGCUGCAGGAACGCACGGUGAACGAGGGCCAGGAUUUCGUCCUCCGGUGCUCCGUACAGGGCAGGCCUUCGCCACGCAUCACCUGGCUCCUGAAUGAUCAGCCCAUCACGCUGGCCUGCUGCUCAUACGAGGCCGGAGAUGCGCGUCUGGAGGUUCGUGGUGCCCAGCUUGGGGAUGCUGGCUCCUACACGUGUGCGGCUGAGAACACUCACGGGAGGGCUGCGUGUUCGGCCGCUGUGAUUGUCAGAGAGAGGAAGACUUCUGUAGGGACGAAGCAUGGGAAGGCGAACGAGGCCAAGAAGCCGCUGGCCCCCGCCUUCCUGAGGGGACUGGCGGACAUGAAGGUGUUGGACGGCAGCCGCGUCUGCAUGACGGUGAAGGUGGCAGGCAACCCCCAGCCCCAGGUUGCGUGGCUGCACAAUGGCCAAGAGGUCCAAGAGUCGGAGGACUUCCACUUUGAGCGGAGGGGCAGCGAGCACAGCUUGGUGAUCCAGGAGGUUUUCCCAGAGGACACUGGGAAAUAUACUUGUGAGGCGUGGAAUGAGCUGGGGGGAGCCCACACUGAUGCCACCCUCACGGUACAAGAACCCCAGGAUGGAGUCCAGCCUUGGUUCAUCACCAAGCCCAAGUCCCUGACGGCCUGCUUGGGUCAGCAUGCACUGCUGUCCUGCGCCAUCGCUGGGGACCCCUUCCCACAGUUCCAGUGGAAGAAGGCUGGCCGGGUUUUAUCCUCAGGCUUGGACUAUGAGGUCCUGCAGAAGGAGGACGUGGUGUCUCUGCUCAUCAGGAGGGUGAAGGCUCACCAUGCUGGGGACUACGAGAUCAGCCUGAAAAACAAAGUCGGGGACUGCAGCUGUGUGGCCCGUGUCCUGCUCAGCGAGGAGCCUGUUGGGUGCACAGGGUCUGUGGCGAGUCCCCCCCAACUAGGGGCAUGUCAGGGUGCUGGGGGAGUGGACAGCCCAGAGCAAGGCGGAGGCACCGAGCGUGAGGAGCAGGAGCAGGAGUCCGAAGAGUCACUGGACAGCAAGAGCCUCCUGAAGAGGCGCGUGGAAACGCGGCAGCACGGAGAGGAGCACAUCCGGCAGCAGGAGGCCGAGCAACGCGACUUCCGAGGAGUGCUGGGCAGGAAGGUCGAUACCAAGAGCCUUUCCGAGGAGGACCUGAAGGAGAUUACCGCCGAGCAGAUGGACUUCCGGGCCAACCUCCAGCGGCAGGUGAAGCCCAAGACCCUGUCUGAAGAUGAGCGGAAGAUCAACUCGCCUCAGCAGGUGGACUUCCGUAGCAUCCUGGGGAAGAAAGGGGCCGGAGGGCCCAAGGCCGAUCCUGGCAAGGUGGAGCCGCCCAAAAAUGCCACGACUGAUUUUCGUUCUCUGCUGAGCACCAAGAAGAAGCCAGCGGCUGUGGAGAACAACACAGAGAUCCCGGCGCCCAAGGAAGCACCCAAGGUGGCACCUAAGGAGGUACCCAAGGUGGCACCUAAAGAGGUACCCAAGGAGGCGCCUAAGGUGGCACCUAAGGAGGUACCCAAGGAGGUGCCUAAGGUGGCACCUAAGGAGGUGCCUCAGGUACCCAAGGUGGCAUCUAAAGAGGUACCCAAGGAGGCGCCUAAGGUGGCACCUAAGGAGGCACCUAAGGAGGUGCCUCAGGUACCCAAGGUGGCACCUAAAGAGGUACCCAAGGAGGCGCCUAAGGUGGCACCUAAGGAGGUGCCUCAGGUACCCAAGGUGGCACCUAAAGAGGUACCCAAGGAGGCGCCUAAGGUGGCACCUAAGGAGGCACCUAAGGAGGUGACCAAGGAUGCACCCAAGGAAGUACCCAAGGAGGCACCCCAGGUACCCAAGGAGGCACCCAAGGAGCUGUCAAAGAAUGACAUCAAUUGCGUGGACGGCAGGAUUAAUGGGCAGAAGAAUGGUGGCGUGGGGAUGGCGCCCGUCCUCACUCAGGCGCUGAGCGAUGUCAGUGUGCUGGACGGGGAGCGCCUGCAGCUGGAGUGCCAAGUCAGCGCCGAGCCGCCGGCCACCAUCACCUGGACACUGGAUGGGAAGGUCAUCAAGCCCUCCAAAUUUAUUCUGCUCUCUCAGCAAGGAGGCCACUGCUUCCUGACCAUUGACAAGGCCCUUCCAGAAGACGAGGGACAGUACAAAUGUCGAGCUGAGAAUGCCGCGGGGAGGGUCGAAUGCGCCUGCAUGGUCCUGGUGGAUGAUCCCGAGGACACGAGCGCGACAGCAGCGGACAAGAAGACCAGAAAGACGGCUCCCACCACGGAGAAUGAGGCAAGAAUAAAGAAGAAGCCAGCGCCGAAGACUCCUCCAAAACAGGGCACCCCACCUCAGGUCAUCCAGUUCCCUGAAGACAUGAAGAUCUUAGCGGGAGAGAAAGUGGACCUGCUCUGCAAGUUUGGAGGUGCUCCACCUAUCACCUGCACCUGGCUAAAGUUCAGGAAGCCGAUCCCAGAAGGGAAAGAUGACAUGAAAAUGGAGACCACCGAGUCCAGCAGUCAACUGACCAUAUACCCCACCAAGCCAGAUCACAGUGGCUGUUACACCAUUGAGCUGCAGAACAAGUUUGGCACCAAGCAGGCAUCACUCAACCUCACCAUCGUGGACAAACCCGACCCCCCUGCCCGGGUACCAGCAGCCUCGGAUAUCCGCAAGUCGAGCCUGACUCUCUCGUGGUACGGCCCCACCUACGAUGGAGGCAGCGUGGUCCAGUCCUACAACCUGGAGAUGUGGAACUCGGUGGACAAAGAGUGGAAGCCGCUUACCUCCUGCAAAAGCACCUCCUUCAAUGUCCAAGACUUAAUGGCAGACAGGCAGUACAAGUUCCGGGUACGAGCCGUCAACAUUUAUGGCACUGGGGAGCCCAGCGCUGAGUCGGAUCCAGUAACUGUUGGAGUGGAAGAAGAAGAGAAGAAAAAAGUCGAGGAAGAGGAGGAACCUGAAGCUUCUGAUGAAGAAACGGAACCAGAGUACAGAGAUGUGGUCAUUAAAACCGACCAAACAGUCAAGGAUUUCUAUGACGUGGAGGAACGGCUUGGGACGGGGAAAUUUGGACAAGUGUUUAAACUGGUGGAGAAGUCCAGUAAAAAAGUGUGGGCUGGGAAGUUCAUCAAAGCGUUCUCGGCAAAAGACAAAGAGAGUGUGAGACAGGAGAUCGGCAUCAUGAACUGCCUGCACCACCCCAAGCUGGUCCAGUGUGUGGACGCCUUUGAGGGCAAGUCCGACAUAGUCAUGGUCAUGGAGAUGAUCUCUGGGGGGGAGCUGUUUGAGCGGAUCAUCGACGAGGACUUUGAGCUCUCGGAGCGGGAGGUCAUCAAGUACAUGCUGCAGAUCAUCGACGGCGUUAAUUUCAUCCACAACCAGGACAUCGUCCACCUGGACCUAAAGCCCGAGAACAUCAUGUGUGUCAACAAGACGGGUAGCAAGAUCAAGCUCAUCGACUUCGGCCUCGCCCGUCGAUUAGAAAACUCAGGAUCCCUCAAGGUUCUUUUUGGGACACCAGAAUUUGUGGCUCCGGAGGUGAUUAACUAUGAGCCCAUCAGCUAUCAGACCGACAUGUGGAGUAUAGGAGUCAUCUGCUACAUCCUGGUGAGCGGACUUUCCCCCUUCAUGGGAGAUGACGACAAUGAAACACUGUCGAAUGUCACUUCGGCCACGUGGGACUUUGAGGACGAGGCCUUCGACGAAAUCUCCGAGGAGGCCAAAGACUUCAUCAGCAAACUUCUGAAGAAAAACCUAAAAGCUCGGUUGACAUGUCCUCAGUGCUUAGACCAUCCCUGGCUGAAGCAAGACACAAAGACUAUGGAGGCCAAGCAGCUUUCAAAAGAGAGAAUGAAGAAGUACCUUCUGAGGCGGAAAUGGCAGAAAACGGGUCACGCAGUCCGAGCCAUCGGCCGACUGUCCUCCAUGGCCAUGCUGUCAGGCAUCAGCGCAAAGAAGGGUGGUUCUCCCACCGGAAACCCGACUGAAGAUGAUCUGGCCAACCAGCUGCUGGAGACCGUUGAGGAUGAAGAAAAGCCUCACGCGAAGCCCAUCUUCAUCACCGUCAUAAAGGACGUGGAGGUCGUAGAGGGCAGCGCCGCUCGCUUCGACUGCAAGAUCGAGGGAUACCCUGACCCAGAAGUGGUGUGGUACAAGGACGAGCAGCCCAUCAAGGAGACGCGCCACUUCCAGAUAGACUACGACGAGGAAGGGAACUGCAGCCUGGUCAUCUCCGAGGUGUCCAGCGAUGAUGACGCCAAGUACACCUGCAAGGCCGUCAACAGCCUGGGUGAGGCCACCUGCACGGCGGAGCUCCUCGUGGAGUUCAUGACCGAGGAAGAAGGAGAGGAUGCCGGGGAGGAGGGGGAGGAGGAAUAGAAGAAAGACAUGUGAACUCCUUCGCCAGUGAACUUAUCCAGUUUUCAUGACCGCUUGCUUCCUCUGACAGACUGACCAAUGGGGGAGCACACUUUCAUCACACUGUCCCUAUGAUCCUGCACUUUCUCCUAUAACAGUAAUAACAUAUAUCCGGCCUUAAUUGAUACUGCAACAUCAUCGACAUUCCAGCGAUGUUCCAACCGGUUUAGUAGCAGGUAUUCCCAUUCCGCACUUCGCCAAAGAGGUUUAGAAAAUCCGAAGAAGCCAAACUUGACAUCCACUUCUGAUUGUGUGUUUUCCUUUCAGCGUGAUGUUUUGAAGUUGCUGAGAUGUUUGCCCCCCUCUUUUGAAAUUGUGUUUUUUAAUGCAUCAUUUAAAAAUUUAUUUAAGCACAGAGUCCAUAUCGUGUCGUAGUUUCUGCGUAAGUUUUAAGCAUGCAGCUCUCCACCGUUAUAGACAAAUCGAAACAAGUGACACUAUUUCAUAGGCCAUUGUGUCUUUAAUUUUUAUAAAGUGUAUCGGUUUGACCAACUGCUGACUUCAAGUAAUGAGAACACUACAGCUGUAGUUACUCACUGUUCCAGAAUAAAUGUUAUCACAAAAACCCUA